CGUAAAACCAUAUUAUCCACUGAUGGAACACCGCGCCGUUCCCGAGCGCGCGUUGCCGCUUUGCAGACGCUUGUGUUAUGCAGUGGGACACUUUCAGAAUGACCUGUGCGCCUCGCUGUGGUUCACGUACCUGCUCGUUUACCUCCACGCGGUGCUGGGCUUCGGGAGCACCGCGGCCGGUGCGCUGCUGCUGCUCGGGCAGGUGGCGGACGGAGUGUGCACACCGCUGGUCGGGUACGAGUCCGACCGGAUACAGGGAGUCCAGAGGCUCGGGAAGAGAAAGACAUGGCAUUUACUGGGUACAGCGUGUGUACUGGUCUCCUUCCCGUUCCUGUUUAACCCGUGUCUGGCCUGCAGCGCCUCCACCCCUCAAUGGGCUCAGAUCGUUUACUUCACCCCGUUCGUCGUCCUGUUUCAGUUCGGAUGGGCGUCUGUCCAGAUCUCUCACCUGUCACUCAUCCCGGAGCUCACGUCGUCGGAGGGGGCCAAGGUGGAGCUUACGGCCUACAGAUACGCCUUCUCUGUGGUGGCUAACGUCACUCUCUACGCUGGGACCUGGAUCCUCUUCCACUUCCAGACAAACAUGGAUCCUGAGGCUUCAGACAGUCUGGGCCCAGCGGACGUCCCUCUGUUCAGAAGUUUGUCCCUGAUCAUGUUGUGUGUCGGUGCUUUGUUCUCUCUGAUAUUUCACAUUGGGACGAAGGAGCACGUGUCCAACCCAGAAACAGAAAGGCUGACCCUGAACUCUGACGUGAAGAAUAAACAGAGUGUCACAGUGUUAAAGUGGAAACACUGGUUAAAAGAGCCGUCGUUUUACCAGGUGGCGUUCCUCUACAUGUGCUCCCGGCUCAUAGUGAACCUCUCUGUGACCUACAUGUCGGUCUAUGUCACCAGCUCGCUCAUGUUACCAAAGAAAUUCAUAGCCACUAUUCCUCUGGUGAUGUACGUCAGUGGGUUUGGUUCAUCUCUCGCUAUGAAAUCUGUCAGUAAACACGUCGGAAUCUCAGUGACGUACCUGGUUGGUCUGGUGCUGGUGUUUGGCUUUGCAGUCUGGGUGUUUGUGGACCGGUCGAUGGGAGCGCAGAGCGUCUAUGGAGCUGCAGUGAUGUUAGGAGCAGGGUCGGCCGUUGUCCUGGUCAUGUCUCUGUCCAUGACGACCAAACUCAUCGGAGAACAGACCCAAAGUGGUGCUUUUGUGUACGGGUCCAUGAGCCUCACAGACAAAGUGGCCAACGGUUUGGGAGUCAUCCUGAUCCAGAGCCUACGACCCUGCAGUUCAGAACAGUGCUGUCCGGACUGUGUGUGGUUCUACCGUGACGUCAUGGCGACAGUGACGGGGGGCGUGGCCUUAGCAGCGGCGCUCUGUCUGCUGACUGUGCUCAUCUGGCCAAUCAGAAUAAGGAGGAAAUAAGAAGGUCA